AUGUCAACUCCAAGAAGGCGGAUAGAAACCGAUGUUAUGAAGCUCUUAAUGAGCGACUAUGAAGUGACCUUGGUCAAUGACAAUAUGCAGGAAUUCUACGUGCGUUUCCACGGUCCUACAGACACGCCGUUCACUGGAGGUGUAUGGAAAGUGCACGUCGAACUUCCUGAUCAGUAUCCUUACAAGUCUCCCAGUAUUGGUUUUAUGAACAGAAUCUUCCACCCCAACAUUGAUGAAGUUAGCGGUUCAGUGUGUCUUGAUGUGAUCAAUCAAACGUGGAGCCCAAUGUUUGACAUGAUCAACAUCUUUGAAGUGUUUUUACCCCAACUCCUUCGUUAUCCCAAUCCAACGGAUCCAUUGAACGGUGAAGCUGCAGCUCUGUUGAUGCGCGAACCUACCAAAUAUGAAGCCAAAGUGAAAGAUUAUGUUUCACGAUAUGCGACAAAAGAAGCAGCCGAUGCGGCAGUGGAUGAUAGCUCUGAUGAGGACGAAAUGAGUUCUGUGAGUUACGCUUCUUCCGAAGACGAAGCUGCCGGUAUGGAGUUGUGA